AUGGUUGAGUUAGGAAUUAGAUUAGAUAGUAUGAAUGAUAAAUCAGAUAUUGAUAAUAUAAAUUAUAUGAAUAACGAUAAAAAGUCUGAUAAAGAUAAAAACUUUAACAAUAGAAAUAGAAAUGACAAUAAUAAUUAUUUUAGAACUGUUAAUAAUUUUAGAAAUAUUUUUAGAAAUAAUUAUGAUAAUAGAGAUAAUAAUAGGAAUAGAGAUAAGAAUUAUAACAAUAAUUUUAGAUACUAUGAUAGGAAUUACGGUAAUAAUAAUUCUAGAUACCAAGAUAAUUAUAAUAACUAUAAUUACAACAACUAUCGCUACAACAAUAAUAAUCAAUCUAAUUAUGAGAAAGUCGACUCUACAAAGAACAAAGAUGAUAACGAUUUCAAUGUUAACAACUUAUCUGGGGACAUGCUUAAUGAUAAAGAUAAUGUAUUUAUGACUACUUUAAAAGUGAACGAUAUUGUUACGAGUAUGCAAGUCGACAUAGGCUCCAAACAUACUAUCAUACCUCAUGGUCUGGCUAAAAAACUUGGUAUUAGAGAUGUUAAGAAAUCCGAGUUACAACUUACUGCUUAUGACGGAAAUUUAAUCAAGAUCAUCGGCAUUACUCAAGUUAAAGUGACUUAUGAAGGUAUCUCAAAAUAUUUACAAGUGGUGGUCGUUGAAUCAAGAAAAAAUGCCUUGUUGGGACGUAUAUGGAUCAACGCUUUCAAAAAUAUCUUAAAAAAAUUUAUAGCAAAUGUUGACAUUAAUUAUGAAGAUGAAAUAAAAAAAUUGAUUAAAGAGUGUGAAUCCAAAUUGACUAAUGGGCCAAUCAACAAAGCAAGUGUCAAGUUACAUUUAAAAAGAGAUGCCCAACCUAAAAUUAUACCGCCUAGUCGUAUUCCUUAUUUAAAAAUUGAUCUUAUGAGCAAUGAACUUAAAAAAUGGAUACCUGAUAAAAUUAUUGAGCCGGUGAAUGAUGUCCGAUGGGCAAGUCCAGUUACCGCUGUCUACAAAGAUGAUGGGAGCAUUAGGCUUUGUGCUGAUUUUAAGGAUAGUGUGAACCCAGCUCUAGAAGAUUUCAGAUACCCUCUAUCACAAUCAAUGAUCUAA